UACAAACGCGGCGGUGCAGGUGCUCUGUCUCUUCGGGAGAGGAUGCGGAUGGAAGGACGGGGGAGGGAAGGGAUGAAGGGAAACGCCACGAGGAAAGAAAAUAGGAUAUGAAAAGGGGCUUUUGCUAAGAGACCGUGAGGUGCAAGGUCGAAUAUGAGAGAUUGGUUGAACGGGGCACUUUGCGUGGUAAUAGCUGGUCGGCAAUAGUACUAUGAUUUGGUAUGUGGCCACUCUGAUAGCAAGUGUAUUCAGCACCAGAGGAACGGCCGCUCAAGAUGCAGUUUUGAUGAACUAUAGCGGUGCCCACGGAGUGAGAGAGGAGCCCCGGUUUGUGACGGCGCGCGCUGGAGAGAGCGUGAUCCUGGGGUGUGACGUGUCCCCUCCCCUGGAUGGCCAGCAGCCUCCCUAUGUGGUGGAGUGGUUCAAGUUUGGAGUGCCUAUUCCCUUCUUCAUCAACUUUCGCUUCUACCCUCCUCAUGUGGAUCCAGAGUACACUGGUAGAGCCUCUCUGCAUGGGAAAGCCUCCCUACAGAUUGACCCAGUGCGCUCCGAGGACCAGGGCUGGUAUGAGUGCAGGGUCCUGAUGCUGGAGCAACAGUACGACACCUUCCACAACGGCAGCUGGGUGCACCUCACAGUCAAUGCCCCACCUUCAUUUACAGCAACGCCGCCACAGUAUGUGGAGGCGAAGGAAGGGGGAAGCACUCUGCUUAGCUGCUCUGCCCAGGGAAAUCCAAAACCAAUGAUCAGCUGGCUGAGGGAGGGGGAGGAGCUCGCAACCAACGCCAAGUAUUCAGUACAUGAUGGCAGUCUAACAAUCCUUGGCAUCACUAGAGAUGACAGAGGAGCGUACACAUGCCGAGCCUACAGUGACCAGGGAGAAGUGCUCCACACCACCCGUCUGCUGGUUCAAGGGCCUCCAUACAUCGUCUCUCCACCAGAAAACGUCACUGUAAACAUAUCCCAGAAUGCACUCUUCACCUGCCAAGCGGAGGCAUAUCCUGGCAACCUGACCUACACCUGGUACUGGGAAGAGGAUAACGUCUACUUCAAGAAUGAUCUGAAGCUCCGAGUGCGCAUUCUCAUCGACGGCACCCUUAUCAUCUUCCGGGUCAAGCCGGAGGAUGCUGGGAAAUACACCUGCAGUCCGAGCAACAGCCUCGGUAUCUCGCCCUCGGCGUCAGCCUACCUGACUGUUCAGUACCCUGCCCGAGUGAUCAACAUGCCCCCGGUCAUCUACGUCCCACGGAAACUGCCAGGCAUCAUCCGCUGCCCGGUGGACGCCAACCCACCUGUGACAUCAGUGAAGUGGGAGAAAGAUGGCUAUCCUCUCAGAGUGGAGAAGUACCCCGGUUGGAGCCUGAUGCCAGAUGGAAGUAUCCGGGUGGCAGAGGCCACUGAAGACUCCCUGGGCACCUACACCUGUGUGCCUUACAACGCCCUGGGUACCAUGGGCAUGUCCCCCCCUGCCACUUUGGUGCUAAAGGAUCCCCCUUACUUUAAUGUGAGGCCUGGGGGGGAGUACCGUCAGGAGGCUGGGAGAGAGCUAGUUAUCCCUUGUGCUGCUUCUGGAGACCCUGAUAUACCAACCAUCACCUGGAGAAAGGUGGGGAAGCCAAGCAAGAGUAAGCACAACAUCCUACCCAGUGGCAGCUUACAGUUUCUGUCCCUCAGCAAGGAGGACCAUGGAGAAUGGGAGUGUGUAGCCACCAAUGUGGUCACGAGCAUCACUGCCAGCACGCGUAUCCUAGUCAUCGGCACCAGCCCGCAUGCUCCUGGCAAUAUCCAUGUAUUGCCCUCAACAACCUCUGCUAAUGUGUCCUGGGAACCAGGAUACGAUGGCGGCUUCGAACAGACAUUCUCUGUGUGGUACGGUCCAGUGUCAAAGAGAACAGACUUCGGUCCUCACGACUGGCAUUCAAUGCCUGUUUCUGGUGCUCAGACCUGGUUGGUGGUGCCAGGGCUGGAGCCUGGGACAGAGUACCAGUUCAGUGUGUUGGCACAAAACAAACUGGGCACGGGCCCAUUCAGCGAAGUUGUGACAGUCAACACUGCAGGCUCUCCUCUGGGUACCCCAGAACCACUGGUGCUUCUUACUCCACCACGGUGCCUCACAGCCAAUCGCACGCAGCACGGUGUCCUCCUCACAUGGCUCCCUCCAGCCAACCACUCCUCUCCUGUCGACCGAUAUAUCAUGGAAUUCCGUCUUGGGGAGAGGUGGGAGGUUCUGGAUGACCUGAUCCCAUCUACUGAGACUGAGCUCAUAGCCAGAGACCUUGUUCAGGAAUCCUGGUAUGAGUUUCGAGUAAUGGCUGUUAUGGAUGACCUCAUCAGUGAGAGCAGCAACGUAGUGGGAGUGUCUAGCACAGAUCCCUUCCCCCCAGCAGAGUUGCCUGAUGAGGGGCUGGCACGGCCUGUGGUGGCGGGUGUUGUGGCGACUAUAUGUUUUCUGGCAGCGGCCGUACUGUUCAGCACUCUAGCAGCUUGCUUUGUCAAUAAGCAACACCGUCGUAAACUCAAGCGUAAACCAGAUCCUCCCUUGUCUGUGACACACUUCAGGAAAAGCAUUGAGUCACCGCCUCCUCUCACCCCCUUGCCAGGGGUAGAGCCCUGCUGGGACGAGCCUGCCAGGAGCAGUUUCUUGCCCCCGCCCGCCAGCCCCCUGUUAUCGUCGGGAAAGAUAAGUCCAGAGAGCUCCCCUCCAUCUCGACCUCGUUCUCUUUCUUCAGAAGGUUCCCAUGGUCCAGGCCUGUAUGUCAGGAAGCUGCCCAGCCCUCAGAGAGAAAGAGACAAAGAGCUCUCCUUCUACAAGAAAACCAAGCGUGCCAUAGCCAGUAAGAAAUACAGUGUGUCCAAGUACGAGGCAGAGGUCACCACGCCUAUUGAGCUGAUAAGCCGCGGCCCUGAUGGCCGCUUCGUCAUGGAGAGCCCACCGCCCCGCCGCAUCCAGGGCUUCCCCUUCGCAGAGGAGUCUGACAUGUACCCUGAGUUCCGGCAGUCUGAUGAGGAGAAUGAUUUUGACCCUGGGCCUCUGCCGCCCAUCAUGCCCACGCUGCGGCCCCAGCUCUCACCAACGUCCUCCAGCCUGGAGUCAACGCAGCCCCCCACCUACAGCCCCCGCCUACACAGGCCCAUGGAAGGUAUGAGCUUUGCAGAGGGCAGUGCACUUCACGCCUCAGGGCAGGCCCCGGCCUCCCGCUACAGGGGCUUUCCCCAGGGCCCAUUCUAUGGGUAUCUAGGCAGCCGCACUGAAUCAGGGAUUCCACCACCAUUCUACAUGCCUGACAUCAGCCCGCGUAGCUCCGCUCUAUCCUCCCCCCCAGGCACCGCAGAGGGGCCCUUUGGUUACCCCUCCAUCCCCGAGGAGAGUGGCGAGAUGGAACACCAUCAGUACACUGCCUCUGGCCAUUCUCUGUCUCACACACACAGCCCUCCUCCUCGCUCACCUGAAAGCUGGCAGCCACAUGAGUUACCCUUCCUGGGUCUAGAGGGUCCACGGUUCAUUUACCCACCACACCAUCCCUUACAUCAUCCCCAGGACCUCCCUGACCCACCCCCAUACCCUCCUCACUCUCUACCCCCUAGUCGCCUGCACUUCCCUCACCUUAAGGAUCCAACAAGCCCUGGACUCCUGCAGCUGGAGGUCCCUGUGGCUCCCCCAGGCAGAGACAGGCCUCCGGUUAGGCGUUUAGCUAUGCAACAGGCCCAGAGUCUAGGCCAGCUCAGACACACGGCCCACGGUGUGGGUGUACCAGUGUUGCCUUACCCUGACCCGGCAGCCCGUGCAGGGAGCCCAAGCACAGCCCCCAGUAGUAGCCCUCAGUCCUGGCUCAGCCCGAGGGCAGGGCGCCGGGCAGACCCCAGCCUACCCCCGCUAGUACUCCAGCCCUCCCGCCUCUCUCCACUCUCCCAAAGUCCUCUUAGCACCCAGCCGGGUUCCCCAGAUAUUCUAGUGCGGCCCCCUCCGCGCCCCAGCAUCCUCCGUACCUCUCGGUCUCUGGAGAUGCCUGAGCUCACCCUGCAACCCUCGGUCAGUUUCUCCCGGAGGUCCUCCCUGUCCGCCUCUCCCACGCAGAGCCAGGGCGGCAAGCAACACAGUCCCAGUUACCACGCCCACAUGUCCUAUGCCUCCACUGCAGCCAGUUACCCCUCCCAGUCCCCCUCUCCCCCUCUGGAGGGCAGGGAUGUUUUCGGGCAGAGGCCAUCCCAGAGAAGGACAGAGGAGGAGAUGCUACCCUCAGAGCCCUCUCAGCUCCAGAUAUCAGCCUCAGGGGAACCUCUAGGUGCGUCUAGUGAUCCUGCCGGGUCUGAGAGCUUACCUGCACUGCUACACCACUGUAUUACUAAAGCCAAGGGAGUGGCUGCCAACAACAAUAACAACACAACCUCCGGAAGGAGAACAGGUGUGUGUCCCUCUCAGACCCAGCAGAAAUCUCAGACACUCCAAGAGGAAGAGGAUCUCAACUUCCACAGAAAGAGGAAAAGGCAGAACAAGAAGAACCCAUAUCUCUAUUUGACCUCCUUCCUGCAUCGCAGGCAGUCUGAGGAGGACCAGACAGGCAUUCUGGCCAGUGCAGACUCAGAGGGCCCAAAUUAUGGGACUCUACACUGACCCGUGUGCCCACCAAGCCAUUGGACUAAAAUGACCUCCCCUGAAGAUAAAACCCACCUCAGCCCUCCCCGCUCCACGCUGGUUCCUGUAUCAAGCUAAUACAUUUCUCAUAAUCUUUAAAAGUUGUCGGUGUUUGCAGAGUGGGGAAACAUCCAGCUGAAUACUCCGGGGUUGGAAAUCUUAUUUGAAGACAAGAACAAUGGCUUUUCUGAGUUGUCACCACUACUUGUCUCUGAGGAAUUUCACUUGAAAAUGCUCUGAAAAUAUAUAAUGUAUAUAAAUAGUAAAACAAGGGAAUUAAGCUUCCUCCUACAGUAAUAAAAAUGUGUUGGUUGAGUAUGUAACAACACGUUAAAGAUUUUUCACUCACUGAUCAUUGAGGGGUCCAUAUCUUUAGGUUUUUCAGUGAUACAGUGUACUGUGAAGCCUGGUGCGUCCUCGGACAUGGGGCAUGAGUCUACCUUUCCUACAAUACAAAUAGUGUCAGUAUUCAAACACAGGGUUCUUACCACAAAAUAUACCUCAGAGUAAACGCAGAGUUGCUGUAAUUCUUGUGGUAUACUGUACGUACUUGACCUUUUUACAUAUGAAAUGUAUGGAUAAAAAGGUUUAUAUCACACACACCACACUCAUUGAAAUGGAUAAUAUGGCCUAACGUUAUCUGAUUUAAAAGCUUGUUAUUAUCAGCUGGCAUAUUGUGUUCAUUUUGAUUUAUGAUCCAAUGCCAACCAUUAGAAGACUGUCUUAACUUUAGUGCUUGGCGGCUCAGUGUAUUUACACCGUAUUAAGAUGAAGAUCAUAGCCUUCAUGAGAAAAUAAUUUGGGACUUACACGCUCAACCAAGGUUGGACUUCUAGGGUUUAGAAGAACAGGGUGAUGAAUUGUGAAGUGUACUGUAGUAUGUAUUUCAUUAUUAAGGAAUAAUUUGGGAAACGUGGCACGUGUCAAGGUGCCUUUUUUUGCCUUUUCUCAUUUUUUUCGAACAUAAACUGCCUUUUUCCUUCGCCUUCUCAUAUUUGUCUCUUCGGGUGAGUGAGGGACUCCAAUACUAUGUGUGUUUUUACUUUCUCUGCCAAGGACACAUGAAAGAAAAUGCUACAGAGUAUGCAUAACUCUUCUUUUUUGUUUGUUGUUUUUGUUCACAUUUAUAUUUUAAAUGGGUACCUGCUUCAACUGUGUAUAUCCAAGUAAUAGGACAGAACCAGAACACCCAUACAAAAAGAAAAAAACACGUUUAGAUUAGAGAAAUAAAAACGGCAUAUAAAUCAAUAAAUAUAACUACGGUGGAAAAGUUCAGAAGCACUGUACAUGAAUUUUCAUGCAGAGAGAACAAACCAGUAGAGUAAGGAUGUUAAUGUUUAACAGCAGCUGUUAAAGGAGAAUGAUUGCUUCGUAAAGCUGCCAAUAAGUAAUGGGAAAUAUUCAAACAAUGGCCACCCUGACUGUUUAUCUUUUAACUGUAUAUUACUUGCUAGCUACUUCUCUGUAUGUUUGUUAAUUUUUCGACACUAACCGAUAAUGAAUGUAUGUUUUGCUGUACAGGAAAUGAAUGUCACAGUGACCCGUUACAUUGUUACUAGUGCGGCUGCAAUUGGUGAGAUGAGCAGUUGACACAUUAAGUCCAAAUUGUUUUACUUCUCUGUGUUAUUCCUGUAUGCGGUAAUAACUAAUGGGCCCCGCACAGGUUCUGAGCCAAGCUCCCUUUGCUCUGACAAAUGGUUUCCUUUUAUUGCUAAUGCUAGUUCAAUCACUCAAAUACACAUCAGAUAUAUUGCCAUCUGCUACAAACAAAUGAGAGGUUUUCCGUCAUAUAUCCACAUGAAUGAAUCAACUCAAUGGCUGCUUACUGAAAUCUCAAACACGUUUUGACAAGUGAGAAAGUGAUGAUUGCCUGGAAGUGAGCGUCAAAGUGCAUAUUCUACUUUAACAAAUUGGUUUCAUGUAAGAUACGAGGAAAAAAAAUUCUAUAUUUGUUAUGUACUGUACAUGGUAUGUAUUGUAUUUGUAAAGAUAAAUCAAACCAUGUUUUACAGGAAGACGUUCUUUUGUGAGGAUGUAUGAAAAGACAGGAGGAUCCCAAGGAAAAAGAAAUUAGAUUAUAUAUAAAAAUAUUUGCUUACAUUACGGCUUUAAGUGGAAAAUGUUUUUAAAACAUUUUAAGGUGCCUCAUUUGUCAUACUUUAGCAGACGUUAUUUUAUCUGAGAAGAAAAGAAACCUUAAUGUUAGUACCGUACAAUGUAUUAUUGCCAUAGCCCGCUGGCUGCACAAGUUAAGUAGUAUUUUCUCUGAUGUAUAGUACAUGAAUGCCCACUGGAAAAAGCUUUAGAAGCAGAAGUGUGUUGCCCUCUUUAAUAUUCCUGGAACAAAGUAAUACUGUAUUUUGCCCAUUCAUGAGCACACAUGUAGAUUCACUCCAGAUCUUUCGCCUUCAGGUGUCCAAAGCAAAUAAACUGAAGGAAACAUUUUUU